UGAAUUUAAAUAAAGCUUUUCGAUGGUAUUGUUUUUAUUUUGCAAAUAAGUCUAGUCUUUAUUAUUAAAUAAUUAAAAUAUAAGUUUUAUUUAAUUAUUCACUAAAAAUGACUGAAGUACAACUACAAGAAUUUAAAUUAGAACCUGAUUCAGAAUUACGGUUUGAGGUAGAAUCAAAAAACGAAAAAGUUGUUUUGGAGGUUAAAAGCGGAUAUGCCGAGUUGUUUGGUACGGAGCUGGUCAAAGGAAAGCCUUAUGAGUUCCACACGGGUGCUAAAGUGGCGGUGUUCACGUGGCAUGGGUGCACGGUCGAGCUCCGAGGUCGUACUGAAGUUAGUUAUAUCGCUAAGGAAACUCCAAUGGUAGUCUAUCUGAAUGUUCAUGCAGCACUGGAACAACAGAGAGUCGCAGCAGAACAGGAGAAUACAAGAGGCCCUGUCACCAUGGUGGUGGGGCCAGGUGAUGUAGGAAAGUCAACAUUAACAAGGAUACUACUAAAUUAUGCAGUAAGAAUGGGAAGACGUCCAAUAUUUGUGGAAUUAGAUGUUGGUCAAGGGCACAUAAGUGUUCCUGGAACUGUGGGUGCCCUGCUAGUUGAGCGACCAGCAUCUAUAGAAGAAGGCUUCAGUCAGCAAGCACCGCUAGUCUACCACUUUGGUCACAAAUCACCCGAAGAGAAUCUGGAACUUUAUAAUACAAUUGUGUCACGGCUGGCUGAGGUGAUUGCUGAACGAUGCGAAAACAAUAAGAAAGCAUCAACGUCAGGUGUAAUAAUAAACACAUGUGGUUGGGUGAAAGGAGCGGGAUACAAGGUUUUGACACAUGCUGCACAGGCAUUUGAGGUGGAUGUCAUUUUAGUAUUAGAUAACGAAAGGCUGUACAAUGAGUUAAAGAGAGAUAUGCCAAAAUUUGUGAAAGUUGUUUACUUACCGAAAAGUGGAGGGGUUGUAGAGCGAUCGUCAACACAGCGAGCCGAGGCAAGGGACGCUCGGAUACGGGAGUAUUUCUAUGGAAAACGAACACCGUACUACCCACACUCGUUUGACGUUAAGUUCUCCGAUUUGAAGAUAUAUAAGGUGGGCGCGCCGUCGCUGCCCGACUCGUGCAUGCCGCUGGGCAUGCGCGCCGAGGACGCGCUGACCAAGCUGGUGAGCGUGUGGCCCGCGCCGGCGCUGGCGCACCGCCUGCUGGCCGUGUCCUUCGCCGCCGGCCCCGACGACCACGUGCUGCACUGCAACCUCGCCGGCUUCGUCUGCGUGACGGCGGUGGACCCCGAGCGCCAGACGCUGACCAUCCUGUCGCCGCAGCCGCGCCCGCUGCCCGCCACCGUGCUGCUGCUGUCUGACCUGCAGUACAUGGACAACCACUAGCGAUCCGGACGGACUCGGAUCGGCCCGCACCAGCUCGCACCGACCACCUGCGGUGCCUGGAUCGUUUGUGAACGAUGUUAUUUAUUGGUACAGUGAAAUUCACAUAAAUUAAAAUAUUUUGAUAUAACUGUUUAUUGAAUUGAAUUUGACUGUUAGAUAGAACGAAUACUGUGCGAUGGAUUUUAUUGACGAGAGUGAGAUGGAUCUUCUCAUUCUAUGUGUAUAUAGAUAGGAAUAGUUUAAAUUUAUGUAAAUAAAAGACAUUUUUGU